UUGAAUAAUUAUCCACUUCCCAGUUGAACCAGAGCAGUGAAGCAGUAACAGCAAUUUGAAGGAAAACAAAAAAAAAUCUCAAUUUUUUGAAAAAUUUGCGAAAAAUAUUUCAAAACCGUUUACUUACAUCGAAAAAAUUGUAGAAUCAUGGGAUUUUUCAAGUCCCUCGUGACCCUGCUGCUCUGCAUGGCACCGCUAACCACGCUGGCCGUGUACUACCCGCAUUACCCCAGCUACCCGAAGCACCACCAUCCCUACCACCCACCACCACCUCCGACACCCCCACCAGCGGAAAAUUCGACGCAACAGGAACAACAGAAAACCGUGUCACUCAUCAUUUCUUCUGGGGGAGGAAAUAAUAACGGCGGUGGAGGUGGUUCAUCCAGUGGUGGCGACGACUAUGAAGAUCAAGACCCUUACGGCCAGUCACAGAAUCAGGAACAAAACCAAAAUCAACAGCAGCAGCAGCAACCCGGAGUUUACAUUAUUGUAGCUCCACCCACUCAAAAUCAACAGGGAGGGAACAACGGCGGUGGUGGACGUUCUCGCUACCCUCCCCAAACCGGAAACAACAACGGUGGCAAUAAUAACAAUGGUGGCUCCUCAGCUGCAAAUGCGAUCAUAAAACUCCUCCAAAUUCAACAAGGUGGUGGUCAAUCUCAGAAUCAACAGCAACAAUCCCCUCCCCCAUCGCACUACCCUCCCCCACGACCAAGACGUCCUUCUUCCUCCUCUGGGGGGUCAAACUCUGGUCAAAAUUCCAACAAUCAAGGACCAUCCACCGCUCUGAAGAUCAUUUUACCUGGACCUCAAACCACCACGACGACCACUACGACGACCCCUCCACCCCCACCACAUCACUAUUCCCCCCACUACUCGUCCCCACACUAUCCCCACUAUUCACACUACUCUAGACACUACCCGUCCCACCCACAUCACCACCACCACCCCCACUACCCGUCCAGCUCAUACCCGGCGUACCACCAUUACAAUUACCCCAGCUACCACCAUUCCCCUUCCUCCUACCAUAGCCACCAGUACCCCAAAUAUUCCAAACCCAGCUAUCCAUCCCCCUUGCCACACCCACCGUCUCCCUCCGUCGCGGAGGAGGAGCCUCCAGCCGAGUACAGUUACUCCUACGCUGUACACAGUCCGGCUUCCAGCGACUAUAAAAGCGUCCAGGUCAGCAAAUAUGCGUAAAAAAAUAUUUGUUAGUUUGUGGAUGCAUACAUAAAUACACAUUAUUUUCAUAACGGUGUAAGCCAAGCCUAUUAUUUGUGCUGUAAGAAAAAAUAAUAAUAAAAUGAAUUUUCAUUUUUCAAAAAAGAAA